AUGACCAAGCGCACUAAGAAGGUCGGUAUCACGGGUAAAUAUGGUACCAGAUACGGUGCCUCCCUGCGUAAGCAGGUGAAGAAGAUGGAAGUGUCCCAGCACGCCCGCUACGUCUGCACCUUCUGCGGUAAGAACACCGUCAAGCGCCAGGCUGUUGGUAUCUGGGAGUGCAAGGGUUGCAAGAAGACCGUCGCCGGUGGUGCUUACACCGUCUCCACCCCCGCCGCCGCUGCCACCCGCUCCACCAUCCGUCGUCUCAGGGAAAUCGCGGAGGUUUAA